CCAGAAGGAAGAUGUCGAUUGUGACCUCAAGUGCGGUCAAGCAUGGUAGAGAGGGUGCAAGAAGUGGUGGGACGCUGGGCCGAGGCCUGAGGCCCCCAAGACAUCAUGAGACUCGCCAUCAGAUGUUGCCACCGUCACCGCGCCAUUGCACGUGAGAGCACUGGAGCUACUGCUGGACGUCCGUCGCAACGAUAUCCGUGUGUUGAUCUAGCGAUCGACAAUGCAUGACCAGACGAGAAUGAACGGCGCAUCCCAUCGUAGUCCUCCGGCCAAGGUCUGGACUCGACCAGAUAAAUCUUGACCCAGUUCACCUUGGAGCGCUUGGAAUGCUCUGAGACAUCUUGGAAAUGGCACACCAGGAGCCAUCUACCGUCGAAUUGGAAGACGCGCCUCGCAAACAAUUGGAUCUCGGAAGUUUGCCACCCAUCUUCGUCUCCGCAACUCACUUCGACACGGAGGAGCUACACAGAUUGGAAGAAGAGCUGGCCACUGUGAAUGCGACGCUGACGUAUGAUUUGCGUGAAGCGAGGAUUGUGCUCUCCAAGGUGCUGCGGAAACCACGGAUUCGAUUUGAUCUGCGAGCCAAAGGACUGUGGACGGAGGAAGUCACGCCUGGGCCUGGAGUGAAAGACGAGGAGGCACAGACGACGCAUGAAAACACGAUUGCGGCCGAUGGCGAUGAUUCUAGUACGGCAUCGGAAGGUGAACGGCAUCAGCCGCCUGCUAAGCGGGUGCAAAGACAACAUGCGACUUCGGUGAGAACACCGUCACCUGGCGCAACUGCAGCGGAUCGCAUUAUCAAGGUUGUGCGAACUGAAUGGUGGGAUGAGUCAAAAGCAGCUGGGAGGGUCCUACCAUUUGACGGGUUCAUCACCUAUGUAUGCCGACCAAUCGAGAAGCCAGCCAUUCCACAGACGCCUCCACAACCCAGCACCCAGUCGUCACCGCAUCAACAAACCUCGCCGAGUCAAACCAUCCUCGCGCGCGCAAAGGAAGAUGCUCCGCCCACCGACCACGCACGCAGAGAUCGCUUCGGCAAACGCAAGUUUAACAUCAUGUCCAAAUCGUCAGUCGGCGCAAGCUGGGAAGCGGGCCACAGCUCCAAUCGAGCGCCGCAGCUCCUCACCACCACCACCUCGGACAAUGAAGGCAUCUCUUCCGACUUGCCCGAAAUGCCGGAGUGGGUGAAGAAAGGCAUUAAGUAUGCCUGUCAACGCUCCAGUCCGCGGGACAGUCCGAAUGAGGACUUCAUUGACCUACUGAAGAAGAUCAAACUCGCGAGACUGCUGACCGACGAUGAAAUUGGGGUGCGCGCCUACAGCACUAGUAUUGCUGCUUUGGCCGCGUACCCGUAUCGUGUGGCGGGGCCGCGAGAGAUCUUGAGGAUCCCUGGGUGUGAAGUCAAGGUUGCGAACUUGUUUGUGGAGUGGAAGAAUACGGGGAAGCUGAAGGCGGUCGAGGAUAUCGAGGCGAAUGAGGAUCUGAAAGUUCUGCGACUGUUUUACGACAUCUGGGGCGUGGGAGCCACGACUGCUCGAGAGUUCUACUACGAGCGCGGCUGGACUGAACUGGACGACAUCGUGGAAUUUGGAUGGUCGACGCUCAGCAGAGUGCAACAAAUAGGAGUGAAGUACUAUGAGGAGUUUCUGGAUCCUAUUCCGCGGCCCGAGGUUGAGGAGAUUGGUCGGAUCGUGCAUAAUCAUGCAGUCAAAGUCAGAGAUGAGGGCGUGCAGAGUCUCAUUGUGGGAGGAUACCGACGAGGCAAGGAAGCAUCGGGAGAUGUGGACAUUAUUGUCUCCCACCCUGAUGAGGAGCAGACUCUGAAUAUCGUCAACGAUAUCGUGGCGUCUUUGGAGGACGAAGGCUGGGUGACUCACACACUACUUCUCUCACUGAACUCCACGAGCCGAGGACAACAGACUUUGCCCUACCGUGGAGGUGGUGCAGGAGGAGGGCAUGGCUUCGACAGCCUCGACAAAGCGCUCGUUGUAUGGCAAGAUCCUUACUGGCCCAACAAAACCGCAGACCUGGAGAAAGAUCCAAAGGCCAAGAACCCCAACAUCCAUCGUCGCGUGGACAUCAUCGUGAGCGGCUGGCGGACAGUCGGCUGCGCGGUGAUGGGCUGGAGCGGAGGAACGACUUUCCAACGAGACGUCCGACGGUAUGCGAAGAAUGUCAAGGGAUGGAAGUUUGACUCUAGUGGCGUCAGAAGUCGGGUGAAUGGGGAAGUGGUAGAUUUGGAAGGAUGGUCUGGAUACGAGGGGAGCAUUGGAAGCGGCAAAGCGAAGACGAUGGAGGAGGCGGAGGAGAGGGUGUUUGAGGGGUUGGGGUUGGUGUAUCGUCCGCCUUCCGAGAGGUGGACGGGUUAAGAGAUUGGAGAUGGUCACAAGGGCGAUUGAGCCCGUGCAAUAAUGUACAUAUAUCUGGAACGAGUGUAUACAUUCACGGUCAGUCUGUAAAGUUCAU